AUCAAACAAGCUUUCUGGUUUACUAAAUGGUCUGGUCUGGAGGCUGAAGAUCUGAGCUCAGUGCCAGGGUAUGAGGGUCAUAUAGAGUACCUUGGGGAUAAGGAGAGUGACUGUACCCUGAGAAUCACAGACCUGAGAUUGAGUGACUCUGCUGGGUUCAGGUUCAGAUUCAUAACAUCUGGAGGAAAGUUUUCUGGCUCACCUGUCUCUCUGACUGUCACAGAUGUUGUGUUGGAGAUGGAUCCUACAUCUGUGUCAGAGGGGGAGAGAGUCACACUGAGAUGUAGAACCAACUGUACACUGGACCCCAUCACAGCCUACAGUUGGUAUAAGAAUGGACAGUCUCUACCAAACAGCAACACCUCCUCUCCUGUCUAUAUCCUGUUCUCAGUCAGCAGUGAGGAUACAGGCAGAUACUCCUGUUCUGUAGAAGGACAUGAGGAUCUCCCCUCUGCUGAAGAGACUCUCAUUGUCACAUAUGGCCCAAGGAACACCUCAGUGUCAGUCAGUCCCUCUGGUGAAAUAGUGGAGGGCAGUUCAGUGACUCUGACCUGCAGCAGUGAUGCCAACCCACCUGUGGACAAAUACACCUGGUACAAGAAGAACGUAACCUCACCAAAAGCAUCAGGACAGAGUUACAGCAUCACUAACAUCAUCUCUGAGGACAGAGGAGAAUAUUACUGUGAGGCCCAGAAUGGAAGAGGAUCUAUGAACUCUACAGCUCUGAUGAUCAUUGUAGCAGGGAAACAGACCUCAGUUCUAACUGCAGCUGUAGGAAUCAUAGUGGUUGUUCUGGGUGUCAUACUGGCUUCAUGUCUCUCUGGACUCAUGUGGUUCAGGAAGAAGGUCUCCAAAACCACCUCUGACACAAGACACACAGCAUGCAAUGGACAGGGAGACUCUAGUCCAGUGUAUGACAACAUCUCAGGCAUGGCCUUCACCCCUACUGCAGCACAGACAGCGGCCACCGUCGACCAAGAUGACAUUCACUUCGCCAGCGUCCACUUCUCUCACUCCAAAAACCAGGAAAUGCCUCUGUACUCCACCGUCCAACUGCUUCAACCCCAGAAAGAGGAUGAGGAUGUCCAGUACGCUGCUUUGAAUUUCAACCUCCCCAGUGCUGCCACCUGGUCCACGGUGGUACAAGCAGCUGAGGAGGAUCCCUCUGUUCUCUACAGUACAGUCAACAAACCCAGAACCAAGAAGUCCUUAACACAAUAAACCCAGAACCAAGAAGACCUGAAAAUAACAAACCCAGAACCAAGAACUGAAAACAACAAACCCAGAACCAAGAAGAACUGAAAACAACAAACCCAGAACCAAGAACUGAAAAAAACAAACCCAGAACCAAGAAGAACUGAAAACAACAAACCCAGAACCAAGAACUGAAAACAACAAACCCAGAACCAAGAACUGAAAACAACAAACCCAGAACCAAGAAGAACUGAAAAUAACACACCCAGAACCAAGAACUGAAAACAACAAACCCAGAACCAAGAAGACCUCACAAAUCCAGAACCAAGAACUGAAAACAAUAAAACCAGAACCAAGAACUGAAAACAACAAACCCAGAACCAAGAAGACCUGACAAACCCAGAACCAAGAACUGAAAACAACAAACCCAGAACCAAGAACUGAAAACAACAAACCCAGAACCAAGAAGACCUUGUAUAUCUGGACCCGUAUAUAAUAACUAAGUGGUAUAAUUAAGCAAUAAGGUCAGAGGGGGUGUGGUAUAUUGGCCUAUAUACUGUACCACAGCUAAGGACUGUUCUUAAGCACGACACAACGCAGAGUUCCUGGAUACAGCCGUUAGCUGUGGUAUAUUGGCCUAUAUACUGUACCACGGCUAAGGACUGUUCUUAAGCACGACACAACGCAGAGUUUCUGGAUACAGCCGUUAGCUGUGGUUAUAUUGGCCUAUAUACUGUACCACGGCUAAGGACUGUUCUUAAGCACGACACAACGCAGAGUUCCUGGAUACAGCCGUUAGCUGUGGUAUAUUGGCCUAUAUACUGUACCACGGCUAAUCACUGUUGUUCUGCACAAUGCAGAGUGCCUUGAUACAGCCCUUAGCCGUGGUAUAUUGACCAUAUACUACAAGCACGAGGGCCUUAUUGCUAUUAUAAACUGGUUACCAACAUAAAUAGAAAGUAAACAAAUUUGUUGGUGUCAUACCAGUGUUCUAUUUUCUGAAAUACUGUAUGUGAAAUGAAAUGCUUAUUCAGCCAAUCAGCAUCCAGGACCUAAACUACCUGGUUUAUAAUAGUAUCUAGUAAUAUACAGUGCAUUCAGAAAGUAUUCAGACCCCUUGACUUUUUCCACAUUUUGUUAUGUU